AUGCGUGCUCCCCUCACCAUACGUGCUCCCCUCACCAUGUGUGCUGCCCUCACCAUGCGUGCUCCCCUCACCAUGUGUGCUCCCCUCACCAUGCGUGCUGCCCUCACCAUGCGUGCUCCCCUCACCAUGCGUGCUCCCCUCACCAUGCGUGCUGCCCUCGUUGGUCUCGUUGCCCUCUUCCCCGUCUCCUUCUUCUCCUCCCUCUCCUCCCUCUCCUUCCUCUCCUCCCCCUCCUCUCUCACCCCCCUCCCCUCCCUCUCCUUUAACUCCCCCUUCUCCCCCCUCUCCUGCUUCUCCCCCUCCCCCCUCUCCCCCAUCUCCUCCCUCUCCCCCCUCUCACCCUGCUUCUCCCCAAUGCUACCCUCCCGCUCGUUUGCCGGGAUGGUGGAUUCUGGGAAGGCUGAGAGGAAAGUGGAGGCGGGGGGGAAUGACCAUGCGCAGGCGGAGGGGGGGGCGGACGGAAAGAGGAGGACGCUUGAGCAUCCGCAAAGGGGGGAGGAUUGGCGGGAGGAGGAGAAGGAGGAAGAGGAGGAGGAGGAGGAGGAGGAGGAGGAGGAGGAGGAGGAGGAGGAGGAGGAGGAGGAGGAGGAGGAGGAGCGUAGUGGUGGAAAGAUGGAGGGGAGAAGUAAUGAUGUUGAUAAGGGUGGUGGUGGGGAAAGGGGUCGUAAGAAGGGUGAGGGUGGUGAGGGGGGGGGACGAGAGGGUGAGGAGAGGGGGGGUCGUGAGGAGGAGGAUGGUGUGGGGGAGGUUGGUGAGGAGGGGGUUGAUGCGUUGGAGGGUGGUGAGGGUCUGGGUGGUGGGGGGGAGGAGGGUAAUGCGGAGGGGAAGGGUGAUGCGGGGGAGGGUGGUGAGGAGGAGGGUGGUGAGGAGGGGGAGGGUGAUGGGGAGGGGGAGGGUGAUGGGGAGGGGGAGGGUGAUGAGGAGGGGGAGGGUGACGGGGAGGGGGAGGGUGAUGAGGAGGGGGAGGGUGAUAGGGAGGGGGAGGAGCAGGAGGAGCAGGAGAGCCGUCACCCUCUUGCUUCAGAAACUCAGGGUCCAGAGCGUGAGGCGAGUGCAGAGAGGCCAGCGGCGGAGGAGGAAGCGGGGGAGAAGGCGAAGACGCAGCAGCGGGCACAGGCAGGUGCGGAGCUGAAGCUGCUGCACCAGCAGACGCCUUCUGACUCGAGUCAAAACGCCCGUGCUGCUGACCUGAAGCUGCUGCUGCUGGUGGACCAGCUGCACCUGCAGGGACUACUAAAGCCACUCCCCCAGCUGUUUCCAUUGCUGGCACACCCUCUCCUGCUAGACCCACUCCUGCAGCAGCCCCGCCAAUCUCUCCAGGCCCUCCAAUCCCUCCACUCCCCCCAGAUUCUCCAAUCCCCCCAGUCCCUCCAAUCCCCUCAGUCCGAGGCAGGAAGAGCAACAGGGACUCUGACAAGUCAAGAAGCGCCGACUCCAGAUUGCCUGCAGUUUCUGCUGCCUCGCCAGCCACCACAUCCUCCCAGCUGCCCUCCUCUUCGCCAGAGCUGGUAA